AUGUUCAUUAAAUCCGAAACUUUGGAAUUGAAAGAAGAGGAGGAUAUGCUGGUGCUCUUGGGUUCGUCCUCCCCUUCCUCAUCCUCCCUGACUCCUCUGACUUCCAGCUCCGAAGAAGAGGAAGAGGAUGACUUGGACGCCUCACUUCGAGGGCGGCCGCCGAGGUUGCCUGAAGCUGAGCAAGCCUCUGGAGGAGGAGUCGGAGGAGACGGAGGAGGUGGUGGCGGAGGGGGAGGAGAGGAGUGCAAGCCCGCGCCUCGCCUUCUAAGCCUGGUACACGAGUGUAAGCGACGACCGAAUCGUGCCCGGGGGAGCUCCCGAGGCGCCAAGACUGCGGAGACGGUGCAGCGAAUCAAAAAGACUCGGAGACUCAAGGCCAACAACCGUGAGCGGAAUCGCAUGCACAACCUGAAUGCAGCGCUGGACGCACUGCGCGAAGUGCUGCCCACAUUCCCUGAGGACGCCAAGCUAACCAAAAUCGAGACGCUGCGCUUCGCCCACAACUACAUCUGGGCUCUCACCGAGACCCUACGGCUGGCUGACCACUGCGGGGGCGGAGGCCCCGGCGGCUUGCCUGAAGGGCUAUUCUUCGACGGCACAGUGCUGCUGAGCCCCGGGGGGGAAAACGCGGUCCUCAGCAGCUGCGUUGCGGAUAGCCCCUCAUCCGCCUCCACGUGGAGUUGCAGCGACAGUCCAGCAUCCGCCUCCUGUACACCCUCCAGUUCCACUUCUCCCUAUAACUGCACUUUAUCUCCCGCCAGCCCGGCUAGCUCAGGUGGUGGCUCUGACUUGGACUAUUGGCAGCCCCAGCCCCCAGACAAACACCGUUACGCACCUCUGCACCCCAUAGCCAGGGACAGUAUAUAACACUAUGGCUGUGCACAGUGCACUCUGCGCCUCUGUCCCCUUCUCCAUCCACCCACCCCCAAAUCCGCUUGUCAGCCCACUUAACAAUCUAGUUGUAUGUUGCAUAGUUGCAAAGUCCUUUGGUUGUGUUUGUUUUGGGUUUUCUUCUUCCAAGAUGAUUUCGGUGUAACUUGGGAGUGGUGAAAGAAGGGGAUCUGCCUUGCAGAAGUGUGUUCGAAUUCAGCUUUGUUCUAAUUUCAGUGCUUAAGACUACUCGGCUCUGCAGGGCUCGGGCUGGAGUGGUGGGAACGAGUCUACCCAACCAACAAAUUCGCCCCUUCCCCCUUUCUCUUUUUGUCUCACCCCUGUGAUCUCGGAGGGGGAACAAACUAACUAAUUUGAGUGAUCUUGUCACUUUUGCAUCUCCGAAAAGAUAUUAAUGUCGACUAGACAGAAAUGUGUCUUAGCAUCUGAAUGAUAUAACUGAUAACAAUAUUAUGCACAGAUUUGCAAUGGCUAGCAUCUGCUUUCUUCCCAGUGCUGCUCGCAGCCUGUGGGAAUUUCGCCUGUCAAACCAAACUUUCCCUUUCUGAUGUGCACUUUGCUCAGUUUCCCAGAUUUGUCACAAUGCCCUUUGUCCAGCCCUUCUCUUUCCUUUUUCUUCUCUAUUUUGCCAUCUGUCUCUUAUGAUUUAUAAGGGGGGAAAGUUGUUUUGUUAGAGGGCCAGGUUAGAAGUCAUUGUAUAAUUUGUAGGCUUUGUAAUGAUUGAAUGCAAGCGUGGAAAUUUAGGCCGAACUCUCUAUCAAAAGAAAAAAAAAUGUGGAGGAAAAGGGAAAAAUCGGGAGGGAGGGUUGUUUCAUGCAUUAUUUAUCUCGACUUUUGGGGGGAGGAAGAACUCCUUUAUUCUUUCAAGGGAUUAAAAACAAAUCAACAAACUGAAAACCUAAGUAGACCCAGAGCAUUACCGCAACCAGCCACACACGUGGUCCCUGCUAUUUAUUAUAAAGAUAAGAAAGAUUUCAUGGGAAAAAUAUGUAUUUUUUUGUACAUUUCACAGAGUUUAUUCUAGUAUGUAUUUACA